UUUAACGAAAGUAUCCAUCUCCGUCAUCUUUCUUCAUUGAAGGAAGCAAAAGAGUUUGAUUUCGUCGUCGAGCUUGCGAUCUUCAGCUUUUCAGGCGACGUCGUUGUGAUUCUAAUCGUUUUCCGGUAAAAUUGAUUUCGGAGGCUAUUCGAUGGCUUACGUCGACCAUGCGUUCUCAAUAUCGGACGAAGACCUAAUGAUUGGGACUUCGUACACCGUUAGUAAUCGACCACCGGUGAAGGAGAUCUCACUCGCGGUGGCUCUACUCGUAUUCGGAACCCUAGGAAUUGUUUCAGGUUUCUUCAUGGCGUAUAACCGAGUUGGUGGUGAUCGAGGUCACGGGAUUUUCUUCAUUGUACUCGGAUGUCUUCUGUUUAUCCCGGGGUUUUACUAUACACGGAUUGCAUAUUACGCUUACAAAGGAUACAAAGGUUUCUCCUUCUCAAAUAUACCAUCCGUUUAAGCCUUAUGACUCGGUGUCUCUUCUCUCUUCUUACUCAAUGUAUAGGUUGUUUUCGCUUAUAUUGCUUUUAAACCAGUGACUUAUUCUCUUUAGUGUGAGUUUACAUGACUUGAAUGACCCAUGUUUGAUAUAUGUGUAUCUCUUUUGGUUUCUCUUUCUCUAUGUUAGAUCAUUAAUCUUCGAUAACCAUCCUUGUAAAAUAUAGAACAAGCUAAUCACACGUGAUGUAAUUGGUGUCUUUAGUGUAUAAGUAGAACGAGGAAAUGACCAGAA